GUUUUGUUUAAGGUUAGGGUUAGUUUUGAGUUAAGGCUGGGUUUUGACAUGCGGUGGUUCUGGUUAAGGCAAGGUUUAGUCUCCAGGCAAUCAAUGUCAGCGAAGUGUCCUCUGGCUGACAAACCUGUGUGCCAGUUGACGUCUGAGUGACAGUGCUGAUGUUCGGCCUUCAUUCCACUCAUUGCUUGUGUAUAUGUUGAAAUUUUGCAAAAAGGGGAUCCACCCACAAUUUCUUUUCUCUGUUGUGACGCGGCAGGGAAAUCACACCAUUAGGUCUAUUUAGACUGGACGACAGGCAUUCAUGGCAUCCGUGGCUUGACAAAAGGUGCAUGCGUGUACAUGCAUGGCAGACAAGCUGAGCCAUCCCUUAUACUGGAUUUAUAAUUAAAAGCUCAAGUGGAAUGGUGAGAACGACUUUGAAACUGGACCAUGAUGCCACCCAAACCCCCCAGGAAGAGCGACAUGAUAAAGUCCGCCACCACCAGCUCCUGUGAUGUCUCGGAGUCUGUCUAUGAGGACCCGGAUGCAUCAACGGUCUAUAUGGAAACCAAAGUGUCCAAACACCAACAACAAAACUGUUGAGUCUGUAGAGACGACCAGCCACACAAACAGUGCAGUGAAAUCCCAACUAAGUCCAUACCCUGCAGACUAUAAGAGGCCUCAACCUGUUCGUCCUCCUCCCAGACCACCAACGAGCAAACACCUGACCUCCAGUAAACCCACGGCAGCAGUCGAGGGAGGAACUCGCUAUCUGAAUUUGAACACUGAGCCAGCUGUGAAGCCUCCAGCUGUCAGUACUGACAAAAUACAACCUCAUCCUUCAUCACGGCCUGAACGCCCUCCUCUUCCCUCCAGCUAUUAUGACAGAUCACUGUCUACAAUGAAGCCAAAAUCUGAGAUCUACACUGAUCAGAGUCCGCAAUCCAGACGUUUGUCCAUUAGCUCUCUGCGAGAAUCUGUAGUGUCACCAGUUCUCUGUGAAGAAGUGGUGCACAACUGUGGGACUUAUGAUUCAAAGGCCACAGACAGUACAGACAAACCUGCAGUUCCUCCUCGACACUGGCGGUCGUCUCUCCCCUGCUCUGCCUCAGAGUAUGAAACCUUGCCUUCACAGACCAAACCACCACUACCUCCAUUCAAACCACCACCCCCGCCUGCAACAUGGACACAAUCAGAGUCGGUGUACAGUGAAAUAGACUAUCGUCCCUACUUGCCCAUUCUACCAGAGGAUGGAGAUAGUAUGUCACUAGGGAGGUCAACACUUAUGUCCGGACAGAGUGGCUGCUUCUCUUCUCAUCAACAGACCACAUCGGAGGACAUCUAUGGGAUGCUGAGAUGGUUGAAAAGAGUGUCAAAAUCUGAUUUCAUGGCUCCGUCACUGUAUUGCCUCAGUAUAGAAGAAGAAAUCAGAUCAUUUAAUGACAGAGCGAUGACUGUGAGAAAGGCCCUGCGUCUCUACAACCUCCUCAUGAUGAAACGCAAUAAAAGACUGCGGGACAUCAUCGUAGAGUUCACCUCCAUCUACCAAAGCCUGGACAAGAUGGAAAAGGACAACAAAACUAUGGGCAUUGCUGGAGGGACCACAGGUGCUGUGGGAGGGGUGACUGCAAUUCUGGGCAUCGCCUUGGCUCCUGUGACCAUGGGAACGUCACUGAUUGCUACUGCUGUUGGUGCUGGUAUGGUGGCGUCUGCUGGGGGCGUUGGCGCCCACGCUGCUAAGGCCAACAAGAAAAAGCUUGUGAAUAAGAUGUCAGUUGAGAAACUAGUGUACGAAUAUAAGGAUAAUAUUGUUGACCUGGAACAAUGUCUGGAAUUUAUCCUCUCUGGGAUGAUGGAGCUCCGAAGGCACGACAUUGCCAGGUUACAGAGGGCAGGAGCUCAUCCUGAUGCACUGAUGACGGCACAUCUGUCCAAGACUGUGAUUAACAAUGAAAGGAAGGGUUCGGUUUCACACACAGGUGGAAUGUCAUCGGAGAGACUGCUUCAGGCUUUUGUUAAGGAAAUUGAUCAGUAUUUCAAAGAAAAGGAGGGUCAGAAGCUGAGGAAGUCGAAUAAGAGCAGGUUUUCAGCCAGAGUUCGCCUGCUGGCUGAAAACCUGCAGGAUGACCUUGAUCACCUGAAUAAUAUGUGGGAAAAGUUUACUUGAAGUAAAGAACUUGUCGUUGGUUUAUGUGCGAGAGUGUGUGUGAGAUAUGUUUUGAAAGGUUUUUGUUGGUGCAACUGGAGAAUAAAUGCCUUAGUAUCCACUUUUAAUAAGCAUUUUAUAUUUCUAAAACCUGAUUUGUGUAAUUGACUAAAGCCAGUAUUCAGGUAGUUCAAGAUUGUAGUUCUGCUACCAAUUAUGAUUGUGAUGAAUAAAAUGUUCUGUAUUAAUGUACAA